AUGAGCAUUGAAACAUUACCAAAUUAUAUUCAAGAGAUUUUAAAAGCAAGAAGUACAAAAAGUCCAAAUGCUAGAUUCGUCAGGAAGCUGCAUGUCCUUCUUUCAUACGUAGAUACAAAACCAGAUAAAGAAAAUUCGGUUGGUCUUGCAUGGAUUAGUGAUGAUGAAUUCAAAAUGCAUAAGAAAACACUGUGUCAAUUACUAGAUGUUAAAAUAAAUUCAUUAAACGUAAACUUAAAGAAAUUACAAUUUACACAAACAGAAACAGACAAAGCUGGAUGGACAACAUGGACGCGAAAAGGAUUUAAUAGAAGAGAUGCAUCAAUUGUACCUGAUGAAACUGAAAAUGAAAACAUUGCAAGAUUUCAGCAGCAACAAGAGCCAAUUUAUUCUCCAUCUCUUACUAUCGUCGAAUCGAUACGGAAGGCCGACUCUAUAACUAUCGGCGCUUUAGAUCAAACCAACAAAAACGAAAUUUUAUCAAAUGCAAUUAACAUAUGGCAGCAAAUAGUUGAAGUAAUAGGCAUAGAUUCAGUUAGAUCAGAGUUCUUCAUACUCAAACUAGCCAAAAGAUACAAUUUGCACGGUCAAAGUUUCGAAAAUUCAUUAUCAGUUAUUAAAAGUAUUUUAGCUCCUACAAAUGCACCAUUGAUAACAUUCUUAGAUUUCUACAAGUUUUAUUUAGCUUUUGGGCCAGAGCCAACAAUUAUGAUUAAAAUUCACUCACUUUUGGAGGUUGCAGUUAACGAUAAGCCAUGGCUAUAUUUCGGUUAUCUACCGGAUGAAAUAAAAAAAGUUUCAGAAAAUUUUGCAUAUUUUGACACAGAAAAUGAACCGAAUUGCUUAGUUAUAGUGUGGAAUGGAAUGACUCACAAAGGAUAUAAUUUGCCUAACGUUUCUUCUGAUUCUUCAUAUGUUGUUGCUGAAGCUGGCACAUUUAAAUCAUGGACGGACUAUAUUCAGUCUCUUCAUAUUAUAUAA